AUGACAGACUCGCCAGAUUCCAAAGGCAAAGCCCGCGUCGAGGACGUCACAGACGACAAUGCGCAGGACAGCCCAGCUGUUGACAAUGCGGAGAACACCACCACCACCACAAUCGAAGGCUCAUCGACCGACUCGAAAGAGAAGAAACCUCUCGCUAAGAAUAUCAAAGAUAAGAUUGGCAAAAAACUUGGCCGUUCCUCUGAUGAAGAGAAAAAUGUCACACCCCAGAUGCUCGAAGCAUUACUUUCGAUGAACCCCGCUCUGGCCAGUGAACUUGCGAACAUGCCGCACGACAAGGCUGUCGAGACACUCGGCAAAAUGGAUGUUGCCGAUCUUUUGACGGGAUUGUCAUUGGAAAAAAAGAAUGCGAAGGAUAUGGCGUCUUACAAGUUUUGGCAGACGCAACCCGUACCGAGAUUCGAUGAUCAGGAGAAUCUCGCCGAGGGUCCAAUUAAAAUUAUCAAUCCGGAGGAAGUCUCGAAGGAGCCGCCGCAGCUUAUCGAAGGAUUUGAGUGGGUGACGCUAGAUGUCGAGGAUGAUAAGGAGGUGGCUGAGUUGUAUGAGUUGUUGUCAAAUCAUUAUGUGGAGGAUGACAAUGCCAUGUUCCGAUUCAAUUACUCACGGGCAUUCCUCAACUGGGCAUUGACAUCUCCAGGUUGGAAAAAGGACUGGCACGUAGGGGUUCGAGCCUCCAAGAGCGGCAAACUCGUUGCCUCUAUCUGCGGUGUACCAACAUACAUCCGAGUCCGCGACCAGCGACUCAAAGUCAUCGAAAUCAACUUUCUCUGCGUACACAAAAAGCUGCGCUCAAAACGUCUUGCGCCCGUAUUGAUCAAGGAAGUCMCCCGCCGCUGUUACUUGCAAGGUAUCUACCAAGCCAUCUACACCGUUGGCAUCGUCUUGCCCAAACCUGUGACAUCCUGUCGGUAUUACCAUCGACCAUUGGACUGGCUGAAACUGUAUGAAGUCGGCUUUUCUCCCUUACCGGCUGGCUCCACCAAAGCACGCCAGAUCACGAAGAAUCAUCUCCCGAGCAGUACGGCAACACCGGGUUUGCGGAAGAUGCAAAAGAAGGAUCUCGAUGCGACUUAUGAUCUGCUCGAACGAUUCCAGAGCCGCUUCCAGGUCAACCCGGCUUUCACCAAAGAGGAGAUUGAGCACUGGUUGCUUCAUACCGAGGCUCGUGGCGAGCAAGUCGUCUGGUCUUAUGUGGUAGAGGAUCCUCAAACGAAGAAAAUUACAGACUUUGUCUCGUUUUAUAAUCUGGAGUCCUCAGUUAUCGGAAACCCGAAACACAAGGAAGUCCGCGCCGCAUACUUGUACUACUACGCCACAGAGACUGCAUUCAAUGAGAAGGAGAAGGGUUUCAAGGAGAGAUUGCAAUUAUUGAUCAAUGAUGCUCUCAUUGAAGCUAAAAAGGCUCGCUUCGAUGUUUUCAACGCUCUCACACUCCAGGACAACCCCCUUUUCCUUGAACAUCUCAAAUUCGGUGCCGGUGAUGGUCAACUACACUACUAUCUGUACAAUUACCGUACCGCCCCUGUCCCUGGUGGCGUCAACGAUAAGAAUCUUCCUGAUGAGAAGAAGAGAGGUGGAAUGGGCGUGGUCCUUUUGUAA